GCAGCCACCAAGGCCAUGAUGAGGGUGAACGGGGACGACGACAGCGUGGCCGCGCUGAGCCUGCUCUACGACUACUACAUGGUGCCCAAGGAGAAGAGGAUUCUCCCAGCUGGGAUGAUGGGACGCAAUGACCUGGCCAAGAGGCACUGCCAUGGGAUGGAUUUGGAGCCUGAGAUCCCCCCCUUCGAUGGCUCAGCCCAUCUCAUGAAGCUGCUCUCAGAAAACGUCUCCAUGAGCCAGGACUUCUGCGAGCUCCCCAAGAAGAAUGGCCUGAGCCUCGAGGGUGUCCCUGCCCCUCACAAGGCAGCCCUGCUCCCUCCAGGCACCAGCAAGCUGGAAACCACCCCAGACAAUUUCCUGGUGGCCCCAGGGGACGUGUAUGACAGCAGCUCCCUGAGCUCCCUGUUCGAGGGGCUGCCCAUGGCCCCGGCUCAGCAGCGCUGGCAGCCAGACAGCACCUUCAAGGAGGACCCCCAGGAGACGCUGCUCUUCAGCGAGAUCCUCAAACCCCAGGCAGAGCCGCCCUGCCCCGAGAGUUUCCCCACGGACGGGGUGAAGAGUGACUUUGAAUACACUCUGGGGUCACCCAAAGCCAUUCACAUCAAAUCUGGGGACUCUCCCAUGGCCUACCUCAACAAAGGACAGUUCUACCCCAUCACACUGCGGACAGCUGGAGACAGCAAAUGUUUGCACUUGUCCUCAAAUAAAGUGAAGAGCGUGGUGAUGAUUGUGUUUGACAAUGAGAAGAUCCCCACAGAGCAGCUGAAGUUCUGGAAGCACUGGCACUCGCGGCAGCCCACGGCCAAGCAGAGAGUCAUCGACGUGGCUGACUGCAAGGAGAACUUCAACACGGUGCAGAACAUCGAGGAGCUGGCUUACAACGCCCUGUCCUUCGUGUGGAACAUCCACGAGGAAGCCAAGGUGUUUAUUGGGGUGAACUGCCUGAGCACAGACUUCUCCUCCCAGAAGGGGGUGAAGGGAGUCCCCCUGAACCUGCAGAUCGACACCUACGACUGCGGCAGUGGCAGCAGCCAGCUGGUGCACAGGGCUGUGUGCCAGAUCAAGAUCUUCUGUGACAAGGGAGCAGAGAGGAAGAUGAGGGAUGAUGAAAGGAAACAAUUCAGAAGGAAAGGGAAAUGCCUGGACAACAACAACAACGGUCUGAAAGGCUGUUUGCUCUCUGGCUUCAGAGGGAACGAGAUCACCUUCCUGCGGCCCGAGAGCGACCUGGAGACGCAGCCGGUGCUCUUCAUCCCCAACGUGCACUUCCCCACCCCCCAGAGGUGUGGCUCGGUGCUCCCUCCUGCUGUUCCCAACUCUGCAAACAGGCUGCCCCUGAAGCGCAGCGGCGCCUCCUUCACCGACGACUUCGACCCCAUCCCUCCAAAGCACAGCAAGGACGAAGAUCCCCAGAGAGUGCUGCUCUACGUGCGCAGGGAGGCUGAGGAGGUGUUUGAUGCUCUCAUGUUGAAGACCCCGGACCUGCAGGGCCUCAGGACAGCUAUUUCAGAAAAAUAUGGGCUUCCUGAAGAAAGCAUUUAUAAAGUCUACAAAAAGUGCAAAAGAGGGAUCCUGGUGAACAUGGACAACAACAUCAUCCAGCACUACAGCAACCACAUGGCCUUUCUGCUGGACAUGGUAGAGGCAGAGAACAAGUUCCAGAUCAUCCUCAAGGAGCUCUAAAGAGCUGCAGGCAGCACUUCCUGGGACUUCUCUCUGAGCUGGCACGUGGGACCCCACAGAACUCAGCCCAUGCCCCUCUUGUUGCCUUGACUUGAACCCCCCUUGGCCCUGGGGCCGGGCCACAGACUGCUGUGAGAUCAUCCUGUGAACGUGGAACUUGGC